UAGACUCAUCAAUCAUGCCUGAACCAUCAGGACAGAAGGCAGCGGCCAAGAAGGGCUCCAAGAAAGCUGUGACCAAAGCGGGUCCCAAGGGUACCAAGAAGAGGAGAAAGACCAGGAGGGAGAGCUAUGCCAUCUACGUGUACAAGGUGCUGAAGCAGGUGCACCCCGACACCGGGAUCUCCUCUAAGGCUAUGAGCAUCAUGAACUCGUUUGUCAACGACAUCUUCGAGCGCAUCGGGUCCGAGGCUUCCCGCCUAGCUCUCUACAACAAGCGUUCUACCAUCACGUCCCGGGAGAUCCAGACCGCGGUCCGUCUGCUGUUACCUGGUGAGCUGGCCAAGCACGCUGUGUCUGAGGGAACCAAGGCUGUUACCAAGUACACCAGCUCCAAGUAAACUGUCAACACCAACAAUUAAACCCAACGGCUCUUUUCAGAGCCACCCAUCUCUUCUAUAAAGAGUCAAUGUCCUUAUGAAUAUAAUAUAACUAACACAGCUGUGUGUGUAUAUCUAUGUAUUUAUUUAGUUCUAAAUUGUAAGCUUCAUGUGAAAAUAAUAAUUUUCCCUCUAUUUCAUUAACACAUAGUACAUAGUGGAAAACCAAUGAACUCACUAUCAACCCUUGCUGUAAUAUUAAAUAAUUUAAGUUAUGCAAAUGUCAAUACCUGUUCACAGAUAAACACUCUCUAUUGCAAAAUAAAAUGGACAUAGUU